AUGGAGAAAAACUUGCUACCCUUUCUCUUUUUGUUGUUCUCUUCUAGUUUGCUCCAUGGAUAUCUCGCAUUCGGCGCAGGAACCGAUGACGGUUCUGAACAAUGGGGAUAUGUUGAAGUUCGACCAAAGGGUCACCUGUUUUGGUGGCUUUAUAAGAGUCCAUACAGAAUUGAAGAUCCAUCCAAGCCAUGGCCAACAUUACUGUGGAUCCAAGGAGGUCCUGGAGUCUCUGGUGUUGGGCUUGGAAAUUUCAUAGAAAUAGGACCAUUAGAUGGCUAUUUGCAACCCCGGAAUUCUACAUGGCUUAAGAAAGCAGAUCUUUUAUUUGUGGAUAGUCCAGUGGGAACAGGAUUUAGUUACAUCGAUGGCGAUGACAAGAACUUGCUCGUUAGAACCGAUGAGGCUGCUGCCACGGACUUAACUACCUUGUUGAAGGUGCUCUUCAAUGGAAAUGAGACCCUUCAGAAAAGUCCUUUAUACAUUUUUGCAGAGUCAUAUGGAGGAAAAUUUGCUGCUACUCUUGGGGUAUCAACUGUAAGAGCCAUGGAAGCUGGAGAAUUGAAGCUUCAACUAGGGGGAGUUGCUUUGGGUAAUACCUGGAUUUCUCCCGAAGAUUUUGUGUUUUCAUGGGCACCACUUCUAAAAGACCUGUCACGAAUGGACAACAAAGGCUUGAAUGAAUCGAACAGGUUAGCUCUAAAGAUUAAGCGGCAACUAGCAGCAGGUAAAUACGAAGAUGCAACAACAACAUGGAGUGAACUCGAGGGUGUUAUUUUGGAUCACAGUAAUGUGGACUUCUAUAACUUCUUGCUUGAUGCUGGGAAUGACCCCUUUUUCAGAAUAACAACAGCGGAAUCGAAAGGACUUGGAGUAGAUAAGUAUUCUAAAUAUCUUAUCAACAAUAAAUUUUCAACAGCUGACGCUGGAGCUCAGCCUGUUGACCUUUAUAAAUUAAUGAACGGGCCUAUCAAAAAGAAGUUAAAGAUUAUUCCUGAAAAUGUAACAUGGGAGGAGCAAGUAUAUUCAGUUUUUUCAGCCAUGACUGGAAAUUUUAUGAAACCAAGAAUCAAUGAGGUGGACGAGCUCCUAGCCAAGGGCAUCAAUGUAACGAUAUACAAUGGACAGCUUGAUGUGAUAUGCUCAACAAAAGGAGUAGAAGCCUGGAUUCAGAAGCUCAAGUGGGAAGGGUUGAAAGAAUUUUUAAGCUUGGAGCGUUCUCCUUUAUACUGUGGAAGUGAUGAUUCAACAACUAAAGGAUUUGUUAGUUCAUAUAAGAAUUUCUUUUUCUAUUGGAUUCUUGGAUCUGGCCACUUUGUUCCAGCAGAGCAGCCCUGUGUUUCUCUACAGAUGGUGGGAAACAUUACUCGCUCACCUAAUUAGAAUUUUACUCAUAAAAGGCAGAAACAGCAUU